CCAACACUGGACAGAGAAAGAGAGAGGUAGGGUAGAAGGACAAGUGAGAGAGAGAGAGAGAGAGAGAGAGAGAGAGAGAGAGAGAGAGAGAGAGACCCAUGGGGGAGGGGAGUGUUCACUCUCUUGUCACUGGCCAACCCAGGAGAGAGAAAGAGAGAGGAGGUGUGUGGAGUCUCGAGUUCUGUCCCAUAUGUGGACUAAAAGCAAAGCAGUGCACACACACAGUGGCCUGAUCCAAUCUGCUAUCGGGAUUAACCAAGCGCUGCUUUCAAAUGGGAUGGAGGACAUGCAGGCAUGAAGAGGGCCGUCGCAUCAUCCGUGCGAACACAUGACAGCGAUGGACACCAAGCCAACAGACGCUAACCGUGGCCGGCAUUCCCACAACCACAUUCCUCUUCACUAAGACCAGCUUCACAGAAUGCUGAGUCCCAUUGCCCCCUGUAGCUUAUUAAAGAUGCACUGGAACCCAGAGCAUGCCCAGUCCCUCAGCCAGUGGCCUGAGCAACACCUGGACGUCUCCUCCACCACCUCCUCUCCGGCACACAAGUCGGAAUUCUACUCUGGCCGUGGUCGGAGCUCCUACAAUUACUCUUGGGCCAACGACGACAUCUCCGCCCUAACGGCUUCCAAUUUGUUGAAGCGCUACGCCGAGAAGUAUUCCGGCGGAAUGGAUUCAGCGUACGAGCGGCCACCUGCUGUGGGCACCUACCCAGACCCAGGUAGCUUUGGGGGCCUCAGCAAUCAGAAGACUGAACUGGAGCCCUGGCAAUUGACACACAGCUCCGAUGGCUCCUACUCCCUUGUUGCCCCUGGAGGCCAUGACAACCUCUCCACUUCUAAGGCCGCGGUCACAAGUGCAGGCCCUGCUGGAAUUAGCAGUGUGUCAGUGGUGAACAGCAACCUCUCAGACUCUGGCUACAGUGGCGGCAGCUCCUGCAGUGGCUCAAAUGACUACCCCUCCAGCUACAGCGGCACCUAUCUCUCAGCUGGAUACUGUCCCCAACCCGGUGCAGCACUUCCUCCUGCCUCCCUUCAUAAACUUCAAUCCACCCCGAGUUAUAGCUCGCCUGUCUACAGCUACCCCCACAGCACAUACCCUCCCCAGAACAGCCUUGCCCCCAGCUAUAACCACCCCUCUGCAACAUACUUGCCUUCAGGUCUGCCAGCACCGACUCCUGUUGCCCCCAGGCCUGCGGUGGUUGGGGGCAGCUACAGUUACCAAACCACCCACAUUGGCACAUCGGAGUCUGGUGGGCCAUUGAAAAGAAAAGCAUUUCAGAUGGCUGUAGAAGCCAGUGAAGUUGGGGACAGCACUUGUUACAAGAAAUACAGCUAUGACCCACUGAAAGGUGGAGGAACCUCACCAUACAGCGUGAGUGACAAAGCAGAGUGUCACAGAAACAGCUUUGGCAAUUCAGCAAGCAGCACAGACCCACAAGAGUUUAAGCCCAGCAAGCCAUCCUUGCAGCCACUGGUAACUUCUCAGUAUGGGCAAGCCGGGGAGUACAGUCCUCCUGCUGGAAUGACAGGAGAUAACGCCAUGGAGGAGCAGGCUUUGACACAGCAGCAGCAACAGCGCUCUAAAGUCCACAAACGCUCUUCAUUGUGUGGUCCAACUGUUGACACUCUGAAGAGUCCGGACCCACAUGUGUUGGACCUUAUCGACGAGAAUAUUUUGGACUGCAGCCCAGCCCUAAGCUGGAGCGAGAUAGCUGGCCUCAACCACGUCAAGGCUGCUUUGGAAGAGGACCUACUGUGGCCUGUGAUGAGGCCCAGUCAAGUGAUGCAGCCACCAAGAAGCAUCCUGCUGUUUGGUCCCCGCAGUGGGGGUAAAACAACCUUGACACAUUCUCUGGCUUCACAAAUUGGAGCUUCCCUGUACCGACUGAGCGGCACCUUGUUGACUUUAAAAGGGAAGGCUGAGGCGGAACACAUUUUGGGGGCUGUGUUGCAGGUGGCAGGUGCAAGGCAGCCAUCAGUGGUGUUGCUCAGCCAAGUGGAAACCAUGGAGGAGGAGGGCCUGAAACAGAUAUUGCAACCCUUCUUGGAGAAGGCCCAGAUGACCACGGGUUUGGUGAUUGUCGUGUGCACCACCGGCAGACCAGAUCUACUGCAAGAUGCGCUCCAUCGUAGCUUCGCUAAACGCUACCACGUGGGUCUGCCAGAUGCGUGCACGCGCAGGGAGGUGCUGUUGCAAGCUCUUUCCCCUCAGGGUUACAGUCUGAGCGAGCGAGAGCUGAGCGCGGUGUUGCAGCGUACUGAAGGCUACUCUGUGUGGGAACUGCUGCAGCUCACUCAGUACGCUCUCUCGUCAGCAUCAGCCCCAACUGGAACAAUGCAUGGCAAAGCCCCAGCCUUCACAGACUUUGAGAAUGCCUUCUGCAAGGUGCGCCCACACAGCACCACAAAAGAGCCAGACACUUGUAUAGAGUGGAACAAGAUGUAUAGCCACUGAGGAGUGAGUCAGACACUGUACUACAAACCCACUGUUUGAAUGUUUGGUUCUUUUUUUUUUCUGAUUGCAAAACAUGUGCAGCCAAAAGAGCCAGCCCAGCCCCGAUGAGAAAGCUGAUAACACAACAUUCACUUUGCAGGCUUUGGUCAGCUAUGAAGAUCCAUAUUGUUACUUUUUUUCCCUCCAAAGACAAGAAAUGUGAACUGACCUUGUAGCUCCUAUUAGGAAAAUCAGACAGCUAUGUGGAUAGUCUCAGAGAUCCUGUUUAGCCUGAGUCCAGGACAAAAUCAAUGGUUUGUUGCUAGGUGACAUGGUCCAAGCUAAUGGAUAAUCAGGGUUUGGAAAAUCCUCCCGUUGUUCUGCUUCUCUCAGGAUCCUAUUUAUUGGCAGGCCACUGACAUUGUACACCAUCAAGCAAGUAUUCUUUGCCUUGGGAUCAACAACAUUCUUUGACCAAAAACACGACAAGCCAAAUGUUCUAUUGUUCUAAUCAAACCGGAUGGCCGAAGUCCCGAGGCUACCUAGCUACUCGCCAAAUACUCAACAGUUACACCGCCCAAUGGAAAGUACUUCACAUGUCUCUUCAUUGACUUAACCUCGACACUCACACUUAUAGGAGAUCAAAAAUGUGCUUUAUUUCGACUGGACUGCUGUCCUUAAAUUUCAUAUCCACUGCAAUGAAUGGUGAGCACAUUCCUCCUCAACUGCUGUGGUCCCACCUGCACACCGCAUCUUUGUCUGUUUCUUUUUUAUGUCGUCUUGUUUGAAAUGCUCAGGAAGAUUGUCUUUACCUCAGAAAUAAGAAAUAAAGAAUGUAUGUAAUCUUUGGGGUCUGUGGUGAGAAGCGAGGAGAAAGCCUCUUAAAAGGCACUACAGCUGGGCUUUUAUCCUCCGGAGAGAAACUUGAAUAUGGUAUAAGAGUCACAUUGAAUGUAAUUCAGGUAUUUCAAAGGAUAUUUGAUGCCAUAAAUCCAUUUAUGAUAUAUAUGUUAUUGUCUUUUGUUUGAGCUUUUUGUCCUUUUAUGUUUGUUGUAGGUGAUUGUGGGAUAAUGAUUGUCUUCAAGAAAUACUAAUGUCAGAUACAGAACUUCCUUUUUGUUGCACAAACUGCUUUUUGUUCAAGUUUACAAUGAGAAAAUGACAUCAUGCAGCUUUCAGAAAAGUCCAAAAUGAAUCCAACACAACAUAAAUCAUCACCCUUCACCGCAGUUAUGCUUGCUUUCAGAGGUUCCGGUUUUCCAUCCUUCUCUCCAUUUUUAAUAGCAUUAGGGUUGUGGGUGAGCCAGUUGACUUUAACAACAGUUUACACACUAAAGGGGAAAUGUGGACUUUUCUGUUAACUGAGAUGAUUUGGGGCAAGAAAUGUGGGGUAAACCCCAGGCUGUUUUCCAGUCAAUCGCCGAGCACAAACAGCCACUCCCACUCGCAUUCACACCCGUGAACAUUUUACAGGUCUUAACUAAAGAGGACUUGGUGAAAGAUGAGGGGAACACCAUGAACUGCUACAUACAAUGAACGGUCAAAAGUCUUGGGUCACGGUAACUAAUCAUUUAUUGUUAUCAGAAUCAGCAGUCAAUCAUCGGCUGGAUUAGAUGAGCCACCCCCACUCCAAUUCCCAUCCUCUCACACCUCACCAACCUUAUCCAUCCUCUGUCUAAAAAUUUUGAGGCAAUAGGGUUUGUUUUUUCUUUUUCAUCAGGCACGCUUCGAUGAGUUUCAUGAGAUAGAACACAAACGCCUUCACUGCCUUACAAUACAUUCAACAGUGUUGUAGACAUUUGUCCAUAUUCCACCGCCUCCUGAUGAGAAUUACUGGUAUUACCCUUAUUUUUCCCUUUCUCCAUAAUUUUUUGCUGUUUCUCUUACAAUGUCCUCCUCCUCCACAAGGUACAGUGGCCAAAAUUGUUGGUACCUCCUCCCCUCUGUUAAUGAAAACUGAUAAAUAAAUAAGCAAAUAUUAACCAAUGAAAAUCUGAUAUUACUUUUGAAUCUUGAAACAUGAAGGGGCUACUUACUGCAAGUUUGAAGACACACUAAUUAGAGGACACACCUUGGUCGAACAUGUCCCUACGGUGAAAUUAUUUUCAGUCUUUUCCGUGGGUUGGAGUUACUUUUGUCCAAGCCUGUUUCACAAGUGUCUUACCCCCCCCGCCCCACCCCUAAUAAUUCUGUUGUGCCACAGUCCAAAAGCAAUGUCUUAUUUUCUUUAAUCAAUUUUAAUCUUUAUUAUUUUUCCCUUUCUUUUAUCAUCAUUAUUUUAUUAUAUAUCAUCUUUUUUUCUUUCCCUAAUAGAGGGCUACCUACAAUUUUAUCUUUGUGUAUCUUCUCCCCUGCACCCUCUGGCCCUUCGCCUUCCCUGAAAAUACUGUGAUUGAAGUCAGGCCAACGCAUUAGGUCAAUCACAGUGACCAGCCUGUAUAGUGGCAAGUGAUCACUCCAACAAAGUGUAAUUUGUGAUUAAUGAUGACAUAUUCACCAAGACUCAUAGCAAGAGUAGUUUGUCCAACAAAAACCUUGUUUCCACUUUUUACACUUUUGUUUGCAUCUGUAAAGUUGUUAUUGUAAGAUUUCUGUAACAAUUUCUACCUCUUAUUUUUUGCAGCAUAUUUUACAUGAAAGUAUUUAUUUCAUGUCUUUUGUUGAUGUUGCUGAUUUUUGGAAUUGAUCAUGUUCUUGAACUGUAAUGGUCUACCUCAGAAAAAAAGACUGUAUUUUAAAGAGAAGAGUAUCACACAAAUAUUAAACAGAAUUUGUCAAUAUUGCA